GUUUACUAGGGGCGGCAGUGACGCAUUUUCAUGGAGACGGGCGGGCGGGCACGUUUCCGUCUCCAUGGAGACGUGGGCCUGGCGAUGACGAGGAUUUGAUGGAGCCGGGAAAGGACCGGACCGUUGAGCCUCAGGCCGGGACAUGGAGCUCCAGGAGCUGGUUCGGCGCGUGACGAAGCUGCAGGCGUGUGUGAGGGGCCGUCAGACCCGGCGGCGGCUGCAGAGCUUGAGAGCCGAGUACGAGGAGGUGGUGCGGCAGGUGGAGGGCGACCUGAGCGGGCAGCUGCGCUGGGUGGGACGCUGGCUUCCGAGGCCCGUUUUCUCCCCAGAGACGCGGAGAAGAACCUACGGCCCCAGGGAAGGAGGAGGCAGCAGCCUGGGCCCAGGUCCGGAGCCCCGCAGCAGACUCCGGAGUAAAGAGCCCAAGAGAGAUGGAGGCUGGAAGGAACCGUCCCCCGUGAAAGGGCCUGACCAGGGAGCUGGUCCUGGCCCUCAGCAUGGCCUCAGGAUGGAGGCUGGUGACAAGGCAUUGACAAGGGACCCAGAGGUUCUGGAGCUCACACUGCCCUCCCAACCUGCCCAGCUCCAGAGACUUCGAAGACAUCUGGCCAUGGAAAUGCUAUGGCUACAGCAGGCCAUUGUCAGUCGAAAGAAAUAUUUGCUUCUCAGACAAACACUGGAUUUCCCAGAAGAUUAGUUGGAGAGGAUCAUACCUCCAGUAAUGGGACCACCAGAAUGCCAUCCUCUGAGUGACCAGGCUGCUGACAGGACUGGGCUACUUCUUAAGCUGGGAAGCAGAUACUCCUGGCAAGGACCUCACCGUGGCUCCCUACUGCAGACUUCUGUGCUCUAGCCCCUCCAGUGGGGCAGAGUGAAGUCAGGGCACAACUUUGGCUUUGUCUUCAAUGCUGAUGGCAACUCUGUACAGCAGGACCUGUCUUUCUCCAUCCCCUGGCCAGAGGAUUGGGACUUGAUGACAAUUAGAGGGGAGAGUAAGGGAAUCAGGCCACUGGGUUAUAAGAGGAAUAAAACUCCUUCUAUUUAGGAA